AUAUGGUGGAGCAAAGUCCAACUAGUCAAAGUUUGCAUACUAACAUAGUCACAGAGGAAAAAAUAUAUUGUUCCUCUGUGACAUAACCUUCUAUAGUACUGUAGUUUCAAGACAAGAUGCAGGACUUGAAAUCGGUUGUAGACUAUUUUCUGUUGGAUAUCACAGAUCCAGUCAAUCUUGUACCUGUUGGACUUCUUUUGCUUUGCUUCAUAUGGAGUGGUUUACCUCAAGGUCCAGAGAAAUACACUGCAAUAUGGGUACUGAUUAAUGGUUGCUUCAUACACAUAUGGAUGGAGGCAAUAAUAGGAAUACUUGGUCGAGGUCCAAGGUGGAUGGUAACUGAAUAUGCAAAGCUUGAUGCCAGGUAUUCAGGAAAGGAUCCAACUGUUAUGGCCAUUGUUUUUGCUGAAAUCUUUAUCAUGUGUCCAUUAUGUAUUUUAUGGUAUAAUGCCAUAUUAAAGAGAUUGUGGUACAAAGCUUUUGUGGCCAUUCUAGCCUCAUCAUUCCAAAUGUUUGGUUCUAUAAUAUAUGUAUUCACAGAAGUUUCUCUUGGUUUUGAACAUCUUCCAAAACUGCACUCCUGGCCCCCUUCCUUUACAGUAUGGGAUGAUUUUUUCUAUUUCUGGAUGAUUUUUGUUGUUGGCAACAUUGUAUGGACUGGAAUUCCUACAAUCUGUAUUAUCAAAUCAAUAUGGGAGUUCUCUCCGAGCAAAAAUAAAGAGAAGAAACGCAGCUGAAGACAUCAUAGCAUAUAAGC